UGCGCAGGACGUGACGGAGUCCCACGUGAAGGAGGCGCUCGAGUUGUUCACUAUCUCUACCCUGGACUCCGCCAACAAGGACCGGGGCGCGGGCUCGGAGCAGAUCUCGCCGGAGGAGCGCGACGAGCUGCAGAAGGCCGAGGAGCAGAUCCGCAAGCUGGUGCCGCGGGGCGGCCGCAAGAGCAAGUCUCAGCUGGAAAGCCUGCUGGUGAGCGCCGGUGGCGUGGACGAGAGGACAGCCAGGAGGGCCAUCAACAUGAUGCUGCUGUCGGGGGACCUCAAGGAGCGGGCCCACAACACCCUGCAGCGCGAGAGGUGAACGGCGCGGGCACCGCCGCGCGGGCCGGCCGAGGGGCGGGCCCCCUCCUGCGGGGCUGCGGCUGGCCGCCGCCGCGGGCGGCUGGCCACCCCUCCCCCGACUCCUCCCUCUCGGAUUGCCGCCCGUGUGCGGCGGGUCCCGAGGGGGGAAGCCAGCGGGGGCAGUCCUUCGCAACCUCCGCCUGCGAACCCCUCUGCCUUGCCCCCCUGGGGGCGCCGCCGACGUACGUGUUUUUUGUGCCAGCGCUCGGCGGGCCAGUGAGAAGCGUCACUGGGAGUGGCCCCGUCCGUCAGGGCGGCGCGCGCGUCCCUCGUGGGUGCACUGGCGCGGGCGCGCCAGUGGUGCAGGGGCCGCGCCGUAGCCUCUGGCGGGGGGGUCGGAGUGCCACAGGGUCCACUUGCGGAGAAAA